AUGGCGGGGCUGGGGCCGGGGCCGGGCGGCGCGGCCGAGCUGCGGCCGCUGCUGGUGAAAAUCGUGAUGGCCGGAGAGUCCUGCGUGGGGAAGACCUCCAUCGUGCGCAGGUACACGGAGCCCGGCUCGCCUCCCGACGGCUCUCCCGCCACUUCGUAUAUGGCCACGAUCGGCAUUGAUUUUAAAGUAAAGCCAGUUAUGUUUAAUGACACAAGAGUGAAACUUCAAAUAUGGGAUACUGCUGGCCAGGAACGGUUCCAUACACUUAGUACCAGCUAUUUCCGUGGUGCACAAGGCUUUGUUCUUGUAUAUGACGUCACAAAUCUGAAGAGUUUCCAAAGUAUAACAGUCUGGAUGAACGACAUAUACGAGAAAGCAGGUGAUGAAGUGGACGUAAUACUGUUGGGCAACAAGUGUGAUAAGGAGUCAGAACGGGUAGUUCCAAAACAGAAAGGAGAAAAGCUUGCUUGGGAAUAUGGAAUGCCAUUUUUUGAGACAAGUGCUAAAGAAAAUGUGAACAUUGAGCACGCAUUUUCAGUCUUGAUUAAGGAAAUCCUGGAAAAGAAAUCCUGUCUAUUACAUGACUUAGACGUUGUGUCUCUAAAUGAAACUAAGAAGAGAACCUGCUGUGCAUUCUGAAAUACUGUUUCUUAUUCUAUUUUCUCUUCAGGAAAUAUCAAGUGUUACAAAGGAACAUACAAGAUUUUUAAAAUGAGCCUGUAAUCCAAAAACACACUGUUUAGGCAUCCUUUAUAUUACACAGACUUUGUUGCCAAAUUUUUUAAUAUGUUUAUAUUGUAUUUUCAUAUUUUUAAUGUGAAGAUAAAUCAGUUAUCUGAUUUUGGAAUUAUUAAAUGCAUCACAGGGUGACGGUGCUUGAAUGCAAAUGUUUGCAGAAGUGAAGUCUAAGUGUACUAAUUUUCUGUUAUUAAAAAAACACCCUUCACUUU